UGAUUUGGUCAGAAUAACAGCGGUGUAGUAGAAGCUAGGAGACCAUGUAUUGUAAGAGUGUUGUUUUGUUGUUCGUGGUGGUCUUUGUGACUGUGAGCAGCGCUGGACUUGUUGGAGGUCUGACGGAUGUUAGCAUAGACGAACCAGAUGUCCAAAGUGCAUUGAAGUUCGCAGUAGUCCAGCAUAACCACAAGAGCAAUGACUUGUUUAUGAGCCGCGUUACCAAAAUAGACAGUGUCCAGAAACAGGUUGUUUCUGGCACAAAAUACAUCUUCACUGUUGAGAUGGCCAGGACCUGCUGCAGAAAAGGUGGAGUUGAGGAACUAUGUGCCGUCAAUUCUGACCCAGCUAUUGCAAUGCCCCACCAGUGCAGACUUGCAGUGUGGACUCAACCUUGGCUGAACAUGAUUAAUGUGGUUGAAAAUACCUGCCAGUGAAGCACAUACAUCAUGCAGCCCAGAUUUGAUGGGCCAAUAUAGCUGUCUUAAGAGCCCUUCUUUUACAGUUUAAACAUGCCUGAACAUGUCCCCUCCUUUAGGACAUUAGAUAAAGGAUCACUUUAAUUAGAUUUAAAUGGAUAAAAGUUAAAUGCUUUUACUAACACUAGCUUGGGCUUUCAGUUUUUUAACAUAUUUUUGUAUACUUUAAAAUGAAAUUACAGGAUUGAGUAUGAUAGCAGUAUGACUAACCAAUAAAAUGCUAAAAAGA